AUGUUGACUUGGAUUACCAGUCUUGCGAUCAUGGUACUCUGCGCGGCAUCCUUUCUCAAGCUCUUUUUCAUUCCGCAGACGGUUCCCAGCUCUUCCGAGACUUGCAUGAUUUGUGGAUCCAAAUUUGAAGAAUAUCUGGUACCAGCACUCUUUCUAUCCAUGGCCAAUACGUAUGGAAUGUUGGGGAUUUUCAACUAUCGAGCGUCCCAGCAAACGACGACGACGAACGACGAAGACACGGAACUGAUGCAACUCAUCAUGAGCAUUGUGCCUUUGGUGACAAGUUUUCUAGCAGUUCUUUUGGGAUUGGCCAUGAUGGGGGCGACUCCAACUUCCAAAAUAGUGACGAGACGAGCGUUGUUUUGGAUUAGUCUGUUGAGCUUUUUUGGACUAGCGUUGAUUUCCGUAGUGGAAAAUGUCAACGUCUUCUCCUCCGAGGUUGAUCUACAUACUCUUGUCUCUAUUGGAGGACUAUUGGUGUUAUGGGCCUUUUAUAUUCGCAAGGCUAUCCGCGAAAAGGACCGACGAUUUCAUUCAUUGAUCAAGGCUUUGUCGGUGAUGGCUUUUGUCAUUAGUUGCGCCUACGAGAAUAUUUUCUACCCAAAAUGUGAUUCCUUUGAAGCCUACCAAAAUUGUUUCCGAGAUUGUCCACUUUCCGCAAAUCAUCAGAAUACAAGUGCUCUCAUCAAUGUUGCAGUGCUGAUGGCUACCAUCGGUUGGACGAUAUCUGAAAAUUCGGUUCCCUCGAUCCAAGCACCAAAGGAAUUGAUUGACCCAACCGUCGCCUCUUGCGAUGAUUCCGCAAGUAUUGACACUAUUGAAGAUUUUCAAGGUGUUACCCCAGAUUCUAUGGAUUCGGAACGUUUGGGGCCAGACCUUGAAUCUGGUUCUCACCACGAUGAUACUGACGACGACUAUAUUAUUACCGAGGAGGAAUAUUCACCUUUUGACAGGGAUGAGACUGACACUGCGGAAACUGAAGUCCCACCAAUAGACGAUUCUCCAUCAGAGGAGUCGUCUAUGAUUGAUGAAAAGGAGUGA